GGCGCCGCGGCGGCGGAGGCCGCGUGCGGACACGGAGGGGGGUCCCGCACCGCCGCGCUAGCUGCCCGCAGCGCCUGGGAUUCCUUUGCUGUGUGGGCUUAGGCGGGCUCGUAAACACCGGGCUCGGGGAGGCGAUGGGGAGCUGACCUGGAAGGGAGCCCGGACCUGUGCGCUGCCGCCGCGGCUCCCCGCCCCCCUCGAAGCGCUUUUCCUGCCGCCGUGUGCGGUGUAGACGCAGGCGGGUUUCAGGGUGCGUGGGCGUGUUUGGGAAGAAGCUGCGAGCUGAUAGGAGGAAUGAUGCAUUUGUGGCCUUGGACAUGAAGUAAUCAGACCUCUGUUGCUGUUACUGUAGGCUCAGGGGCUGAUGAGGAAAGCAUGGACCUAAUGAACGGGCAGGCAAGCAGUGUUACUAUCGCAGCCACUGUUUCCGAGAAGAGUAGCAGCUCUGAGUCACUAAGCGAGAAGGGCUCUGAAUUGAAGAAAAGCUUUGAUGCUGUGGUGUUUGAUGUUCUUAAGGUUACGCCAGAAGAAUACGCGGGUCAGAUAACACUAAUGGAUGUUCCAGUGUUUAAAGCUAUUCAGCCAGAUGUAUCCCUACAUCAUCACCCUUAGAACAGUCCUUUUAAGAGUGUUGGAACCUACAAGACGUAAGAGAAGCUGUGACUCCUGUGAAUUGAGUCAUUCUCUCAUAGGGAACUUUCAAGUUGUGGAUGGAAUAAAAAAGAAAAAUAUAGUUCUGCACCAAAUGCAGUUGCUUUCACAAGAAGAUUUAAUCACGUAAGCUUUUGGGUUGUAAGAGAGAUUCUCCAUGCUCAAACACUGAAAAUAAGAGCAGAAGUUUUGAGCCACUAUAUUAAGACUGCUAAGAAACUAUAUGAACUUAACAACCUUCACGCACUUAUGGCUGUGGUUUCUGGCUUACAGAGUGCGCCGAUUUUCCGGUUGACUAAGACGUGGGCGUUAUUAAGUCGAAAAGACAAAACUACCUUUGAAAAACUAGAAUAUGUAAUGAGUAAAGAAGAUAACUACAAAAGACUCAGAGACUAUAUAAGCAGCUUAAAGAUGACUCCUUGCAUUCCCUAUUUAGGCAUCUAUUUGUCUGACUUGACCUACAUUGACUCCGCGUACCCAUCCACCGGCAGCAUUCUAGAAAAUGAGCAAAGAUCAAAUCUGAUGAACAACAUUCUUCGAAUAAUUUCUGAUUUGCAGCAGUCCUGUGAAUAUGAUAUUCCCAUAUUGCCUCAUGUCCAAAAAUACCUGAACUCUGUUCAGUAUAUAGAAGAACUACAAAAGUUUGUGGAAGACGAUAAUUACAAGCUCUCCUUAAAGAUAGAACCAGGAGCAAGUACUCCACGCUCGGCUGCCUCCAGGGAGGACCUAGCAGGUCCUGACAUAGGCGCCUCACCCCAGGGAGGGAGGAAGAGUAGUGCUGCUGCUGCUGCCGCCGCGGCUGCCGAGGGAGCCUUACUGCCACAGACGCCACCUUCCCCUCGGAACCUCAUUCCACACGGACACAGGAAGUGCCACAGCCUGGGUUACAAUUUCAUUCAUAAGAUGAACACAGCAGAGUUUAAGAGCGCAACGUUCCCAAACGCAGGGCCACGGCACCUGCUGGAUGAUAGUGUCAUGGAGCCGCACGCACCGUCGCGAGGCCAGGCUGAGAGCUCUACACUUUCCAGUGGAAUAUCCAUAGGGAGCAGUGAUGGUUCUGAACUAAGCGAAGAGACCUCAUGGCCGGCUUUUGAAAGCUCUGCGGAGUCGGAAGAUUUGGCGGUGCAUCUGUACCCCGGAGCUGUUACUAUUCAAGGUGUGCUCCGGAGGAAAACCUUGCUAAAAGAAGGCAAGAAACCCACAGUAGCAUCUUGGACAAAGUAUUGGGCAGCCUUGUGUGGAACACAGCUUUUUUACUAUGCCGCCAAAUCUCUGAAGGCUACAGAAAGAAAGCAUUUCAAAUCAACGUCAAAUAAGAAUGUGUCUGUGGUGGGCUGGAUGGUGAUGAUGGCUGACGACCCAGAGCAUCCAGACCUCUUUCUGCUGACUGACUCCGAGAAAGGAAAUUCAUACAAGUUUCAAGCUGGCAGCAGGAUGAAUGCAAUGCUGUGGUUUAAACACUUGAGCGCGGCCUGCCAGAGUAACAAGCAACAGGUUCCUACAAACUUGAUGACUUUUGAGUAAACGCCUGAGACAGAAGAGGAGUGCUAUUGUUCCCGUGUGGAACCGGGACCUGCCGAGAGCCCCAGCCGCACCAUCCCGUGCCAGGAAGAGCCCCCAGGCUCCAGCCCAGCCUCCGGAGCUCAGAACCAAAAGCACUAAUUUCAGGGAAUGAAGUGAGAUGUUCCCAGAGAAAAACGAUGGAGUUGCAAAGCAAACUGCCAUGAACUUCGCUUCUUCUCUCCGAACUGACCUGUGGAAGCCACUGCCUUAACAGAGUGCGAGGAGAGCCGACACCAAAUAGUGUGUGUGCGUCUUCUGGCGGUGCUGUGCUUGGAAUAAAUUGUAGCUAAUUUGCAUUUCUUUUAACUUUGUACUAAUUUUGGAGGGGAAACCAUCUUUUUUAGAUACACUUUAAAAUGGAAAAACAUUUCUUAUGGAUUCCAUCAGGAGCUGUUUUAGGUGCAGUGAGAAAUACCCUGCAGGUUCUGCUCAGCCUCUGCCAGUGGCUGCCUCACGUUCCCACAGCAAGACCUGGGAGGGACCUGCUGUGGAAGCUGUGGGUGCAGGCUGGGAUAGAUAGGGAGGGCAUGCCUCGCUUUGGAUGAGGGAUCCAUUUAAACACUACCGUUUGGAAUUGAGGGCUAGAAGGAGAACAUGAUUUCCUGCAGGAGGGACAAAGGCUGAGUGUUCACGUGCCAGCAGGCUCCAGAACACACCAGGGUUAAAGUUUAACUUUCUGUAUGAAUUCAUUGUUGGGCCCAAAUCCGCAUAGGAGCACGGUGAUCCCGCGCUCGGGUUUCUGUAGCCUUUUCACAAGUCAGGUGGGUUAUCCAGCCACGGGUGUCCCAGGGAAGACCCUGGUGUUUCUUGUGCUGUUGCCCCUUGCAGUGUUUAAUGUGCAGUAUGCCAGACUUAUUUUUUAUUGAAUUUGUUUUUGUUCAGUAUGAGGUUCAAAAGCAUACUUGUUUAAAAGGUUCUUCAUGUAUAUGUAUGUAUUUUAUUGUAAGACAAAGCAAUUUUAAGAAGAAUAAAGGCAAAGUUUGCAGUUCUAGGAAUUGAAAAUAUAAAACCUUUUCUUGUAUGACUUCACAAAAUGUACCAGAACAUUGUAUUCAGAAAGUUACUGUCGGUCCCCAGUGUGAAAACCAUGUUUGUUAGUAACUGACCAAGCAUUGGAGAGAGCUCUCCUAGGCAAUAACACAUUUAAUUUUUAAAACGAAUGUUGGACUUGACAUAGCUUAGAAUUUUAACCAAAAAUAACGCUUGACUGUUGAGGGUCCCCACUUUUACAGUGGCUCCGUGUGCAAAGGCCUUGACUGACAGACACCUCCUAGCAAACUGCUCUUUGGGUCUCAUGUAAAAUGUCUCACAUUGUGUCCUUCAAGAAUUGUAUACUUUAUCAGAAGUAUUUUAUCACCAAGCCCAUUGAGCUUAACUAGAAAAUACUGUCUAUACAGUAAUUACAGUAAUUAGCUAAAAAAAAGAAAUUAGUCCAAGAGAAAAUGAAGAGCCUUUUCUGAGUGUUUCUAAUUUGAAUAAUUCAAAGACGUCAUGUGACAGAAAUACCUUAUUUGAGACUUCCUAGACAAGCAGGGAAAGGCACAUAUUGCCGUGAGAGAAUGAUUUUUCAGAUAACGGUCUAAGCUAACCCGUGUUGUGUUGAGUAUACGCAGACAGAUCCGCAGUGGCCAGCGGGGCUACAGCGCAGGCUUUCCCCGUGUGUCUUACUUUUGUCUUGCCUCUUUUUUUUUUUUUUUUUUAAAGCAAUUCCUUAGUUUGUUUUGCUCCAGAAUAAUGUUUUAAAUAGUAUGCAUACUGUUUUUGAGAUACUGUGAAUGAGAGCCCCGUGGCUGUUGUAGUACUACUCUGUCAUGAAUAUGCUAAAGCCGUUACAAUGUAGGUGAAUCAGGUCUGGGGAGAUGGGCAGCUCGCACAGGCCAGCCUCACAGUUUUGCCAAAGAGAAAGGGCUGAGAUGGGCGUUGUAUUUGGUACACCCAGCUCUGGACACUUACGGGUGUGUAGAGGAAGAACCGGAUUCAGAUUUGAUCAGCCAGGCCCUAUUAGCACCAUGGCUCCUGGCUGAAAGUAAAACUAUUUUUCUACCUUGAGAUUGCUCUAAAGAUCAGUCAUUGCUUUUUAGGAUGAUUUUAGAAACCGUGAGAGAUGCAUUAGAGUAGGUGAGUUGUUUUUUAUCUGUAAUUCACCAAAUGGUAUCAGAUUAUAAUUGAAGCAAAGAAAACAUUGCCAAACUAUAUUAAAUAUUUGAGUAUUUUACUUACUGGAGAAUGAAUCCUGUUAUGCUUACCCUCAGGUGUAAAUUAGUUCUCACCAGCUCAUUUCCCACAGACAGUAAAGCUCAUUUGUUUCUCUCAUAGCCAAGGAGAACUCUUUCAGAAACUCGAUUAAAAUUUAAACUUUACAAGCAGACCGACUGGGAUAUUGUAUGUUCUGGUAUGAUAGUGUGUAGUAGUAGCCAUCUCUCAUCUAACAACUGAUUCAAACAGAGAGGCUUAUUUUUCAGCAGUCUGUUUUUAAAGUGUACCUGUAACAAUGACUGCAUAAUGCCCCAAGCACCGUUUUGGGCUCCAUGUGCUUGCUUUUCAGAAUAUUUCAAUAUGCUGGCUAAGCUGUAAGGAUCAGGAGAGUUGAUGGAAUGCAGCCUUCUGUUUGGUUUCGUUCAGUGUGUAUUUGUGUAAACAGUUCAGAAAGGAUCUGCCUUGGGAUUGUGUUUUUCCCUCUUUGUAGGCCUAUGUUCCCGUAGCAGUUAUUUUUCUGUGUCAACAGGACCACCCACUAUUGUGCCACCUUCUUACAGGCUCUUGAUCCUGACGUUGAGUCAGUCACAGUGUUCAUAACUGCAGAGUUUGCAGAGUUUGAUUUAUUAGAAGCCCAACAAGAACAUUGUUAUCCCGGAGGAAUGAGCCAUGCUUAGCCCCUCCAUGGUUGGAGCAAAGAUGGACACAGCCUCGUCAGUCUCUGGCUGCAUUUCCUCUCCAAUGACCUCAGCAGAAAGUCUUCUCCUGAGAUUAAAUCUGUAAAUUACAUACAUCUAAAACUGAGGCAGUCUAUUGAUUGGAAAUCAGUACUAAUAGAUUUAACUCAUUGGCCUUUUAAGAGAACAUACCCUUCCUGUUUAUUGAGGCACAUUCCUUUCUACCUGGAUUUUAAGCCAUCAUGCAAAACCUCCUGCAAACAAGAGUUACUGGUAUUGCUUACUGGAAGAUUGGCUUUAGUCAGAAGAAAUCCUCUGCCCGCAAUGCUUUUGAAAGACUUGGAUCCUUUUGAAAUGGAUGCUGAGCUGCACUGUGCGGGGCAACAGCAGUGAGGACCACUGCUGCUUGUGGGGUGACAGCUAGCGGUGGUUGGGGUGUGGCUGACAAGCCUCCUUUUAGGGCUUGCAUUCAUUUUCUUUUAUAUUAUUUCUUAGAAACGUAGUGCCAUCCUGGUUUUAUAGCUGGGGGUUUAUUGCUUCUUCAAGCCUCUGAGGUACAAGAAUUGCUAUUAAAUAGUAUUGAUGAUAAAUUGCCUAUGAACCACUUCAAAAUGACUUAAGUACCUUUUGGAUUUGCUUCUCAAAAAUGGCUUGUGUCUAAAUUUCAGUUUGAGAAUCUUCUGAAGAGAUGUGUACACACCAGCUCUUCAGCCCAGUGAAAGCAAUUUCUUUUUCCCUAUCUCCAGCCAUAGUGUGGGGAAAUUGGGUCAGUGUCUCAGCGAUCUGAAGGUCAGUGUUAGGGCAUUGAGGAUGACUGGGAUCACCUGCCCACCUAACCCCAUGACUUGAGGGCCGUGCUUGUCCCUCUCUCCACCCACUAAAUCUGGCAGUCGUAAAGGAGACUACAGACAUUUGGAUGCUUGCAGGCCUCUCAUCUUAGAUCUUAGUUCUUUUUCAGAUAAGCCUCCCCCACCCUGUUGCUCUCACGUCCAGGUAGGUGAGAAAUAGAGCCACUCAAGUCAGCCUCUUAAUGUUGGCUUUGAAGAACCUCCAUCGAGCUGAGUAUACAUAUUUUGUGUUGUUUUGAGCUUAGGUUUAAUGAUGAGGCCUGUUGGGGAAAUCCGAAAGGAGUAAGAUGCACACAGAAGCAGUUGUUGAGAUGUCACUAAAGUCCUGUGAUGGCAGUGUGUUGAGCCAGAAAUGGAACUUAUUUCAGUUUCCUACUUGAGACAGAAGGAACAAGCAGUCCCUUCUCCUGCUUGUUACUGCUGACUUGAACAAUCUUUAUUAGUAGUAGGAAUGGAGCGGCACUAAUAAUAAAUCAGAGGGAAGACUCAGCCAGGGCGGGGUUUGGAAACAUCUUGCUUAAGACCUUGGAAGUCCAGGAGAUACCAUCAUCUGAGUAGGAACACUGUUUUCAGGGUCCUUAGAGAAUAGACAGACACACAGACACAAGGUCUUUGGAUACAAGGGAAGGACUAGCUGUUCCUUGGGGGUUUCAGACGGUUGGUCUGCAAAAUAAGAGUUACAGGUGUCCAUAGAGCACUUGAGGGUAGAAGACAGAAAAUGCCAAAUAUCAGCAGGAUAUUUCAAAUUUAUAUGCCAAGUAAAAAAUGUCAUGUCCCUGAAGAUGUCACCUGAACUACUCAAAAGGAUUCCAAGAAGUACUAAUUUAACAGGUGUGACUAAGGUAGCUGAGGGGACACUGAAGUGUUUCUCAAGUGUUUCUGCACCUUGGCUGUUGACACUCGUUCUUUGACAGCCUACUGAAGGACCUGGAAGAAAGAACUCAAACAUCUGUAGGGAUAAUUACCCAAAGCUAAUAAUCUAUACAAAACAAAAACAAACCAACCCACAAGCCAUUUUCGUUGUGUGUUCCAGUUAACUUGAGGUACUUAAUGAUGAACCAUUGGCUUGCACUAUGACCUCCUUGAGUGAUGUGCAACUUGGCUCCUCUCUGCUUUUGUUUCGUUUUAAUAUGCAGAAGUGAGUGUGUGAUCUUCAGUGUGUUUGCAUAAGCUAACCUAAAAUGAAUUUAACAACAGUUUUCUGAAAUAUUUCUAUCGAAAUAAAUGACUUAAAAGUA